AAAAAAGCGAAGUAAAAGAAAAAGAGAGACCCCACGACACAUCACAAAAACACACACAUCAUCCGACGUUCGAAGCUUUUCUUUUUUCUCUGUUUGCUUUGAUCGGAUCAAAUCCACAAUGCGAGAAAACGAAGCUUCGAGAUUCUUUUAAGUUGAAAUGAUGGAGCCUCGUGUCGGUAAUAAGUUUCGACUUGGUCGUAAGAUCGGUAGCGGCUCUUUUGGAGAGAUCUAUCUGGGUACGAACAUUCAGACAAAUGAAGAGGUUGCCAUUAAGCUUGAAAAUGUGAAGACAAAGCAUCCUCAAUUGUUAUAUGAAUCAAAGUUAUACAGGAUCUUGCAGGGAGGAACUGGGAUUCCAAAUGUGAGAUGGUUUGGAGUUGAGGGAGACUAUAACGUUCUGGUUAUGGAUUUGCUUGGACCUAGCCUUGAAGAUCUAUUUAAUUUCUGCAGUAGGAAACUCUCAUUGAAGUCAGUUCUCAUGCUUGCAGAUCAAAUGAUCAAUCGUGUUGAAUUUGUUCAUUCAAAAUCAUUUCUACAUCGAGAUCUUAAGCCGGACAAUUUUCUUAUGGGCUUGGGAAGGCGUGCGAAUCAGGUCUACAUCAUUGACUUCGGUCUUGCUAAGAAAUAUAGAGACAGUUCAACCCAUCAACACAUUCCUUACAGGGAAAAUAAGAAUCUGACUGGAACUGCAAGAUAUGCAAGCAUGAACACGCACUUGGGCAUCGAGCAAAGCCGUAGGGAUGAUUUAGAGUCUCUUGGAUAUGUGCUAAUGUACUUCCUAAGAGGAAGUCUUCCUUGGCAAGGCCUGAAAGCUGGAACCAAGAAACAGAAAUAUGAGAAAAUUAGUGAGAAGAAGGUUUCUACUUCAAUUGAGGCUUUAUGUCGAGGUUAUCCAACAGAAUUUGCAUCGUACUUCCAUUAUUGCCGUUCGCUAAGAUUUGAUGAUAAGCCAGACUAUGCUUAUCUCAAAAGAAUCUUUCGAGACCUCUUUAUUCGUGAAGGCUUCCAGUUUGAUUAUGUUUUUGAUUGGACCAUUUUGAAGUAUCAGCAAUCACAGCUGGCCACUCCUUCAGCUCGAGCCCUUGGCCCUGGCGCUGGAACAAGUUCUGGCCUGCCCCCUGCUAUUGCCAAUGCUGAUAGACACGCAGCUGGGGAGGACAUUAGAGCAGCUGGUUUGUUAUCCAUGGAUUCCUCUCGACGGAGAACAUCAGGACCCUUGAUGAAUUCAGGAAGUUACUCAAAGCAAAAGAGUCCAGUUGCAAAUGAUCCUGCAAUUACUAAAGACUCUAUGUUUAUUGGGCAGUCAGGUGGAUCCUCUUCAAGGCGAGUUGCAGCCUCUAGCAGUCGUGAUGCUUUUGCUGGUAGUGAGGUUGACCCCCAACAUUCUCGUACAAACAAUGCUAGUCCUGGAGCAUUGCACAAAAUUUCAAGUCGACACAGAAGUCCUGUUGAAUCUGCUGACCCUAAGCGGACAUUGUCUGGGAGAAAUACCUCUCAUGUCAAGAACUAUGAAGCUGCCCUCAAGGGAAUCGAGGGCCUGCAAUUUGAAAGUGAUGAGAGAAAUCAUUACUAAAUGCUCAGCUAUACGAAUUGUUGUAAAACCACGAAAUGGUUGAUGUGCAACAGAGUAUGUUUCCUUGAGGUGGGUUGAGUUUUCAAGGAAUUUGUAACUCGGAGCUCCUGAUUUGGAAUGGUGCACCCAAAGCAUAAAUUUCUCCACUGAUGGAAAAGCUUGUGAAGUGAAAUUUGACUGCAUCAAAGUUAUUGUCUGUAAAGGCUAAAAGUGUGGUAAGGUUAUUUUUUAACAGAAAAUUUUUUGGCCGGUAUUUUUUAACUCACUGUUUUUGUGGUGUCCCUUUCGUCUUUAAGAUUCUGCUUUCUCGGUCUUUGGGACUUCUUGAGGUUUGAAACUUUAUGGCAUUGUAAAUUGUUUACUAU